AGAAGCUUAAAUACCAGCCCAUGAGGAAGUUGAGCUGGGCUGUAAUGAUAGGGCGGCAGCCGCAGCCGCAGCAGCAGAGGUAGUCGGGAGGUGGAGGAACGAGAACACCAUGAACGAACACACAGGUGUUCCUGUGAGUAAUUAGAUUGCGGAAGGCGAGAAUACACCUUAAGAGUUUUUACCUGGGAGCACACUAGCGCUGAGAAAGGAUCUGAACGCAAAGAGGAAGUGAUCAGAUCGGUCAGUCACCCCAAGAGACACCAAAGUUGAAAGUUUGGAGGUUUUAUUCUUUUAAUUUUUUUUUUUUUUUUUCUUUUGCUCUGUCUCCUUUUUUCCCCUGCGGGUCACUACCAUGGUCAGAAAGCCUGCGGCAUCCACCAUCUCCAAUGGGGGUUACCUGCAGGGCAGUGUUAACGCGAGGCUGUCUUCCCCGGGCGGCAAGGAGCCACCUGGGCAGGAGAAAGUUGUGCUGAAGAGGAAAAUCAGUCUGUUAAGAGGGGUCUCCAUCAUCAUCGGCACCAUCAUCGGAGCAGGAAUCUUCAUCUCUCCUAAGGGCGUGCUCCAGAACACGGGCAGCGUGGGCUUGUCCCUGGUGGUCUGGACGGUCUGCGGGGUCCUGUCACUGUUUGGAGCCUUGUCCUAUGCUGAACUGGGAACAACUAUAAGGAAAUCUGGUGGUCAUUACACAUACAUUCUGGAAGUCUUUGGCCCAUUACCAGCUUUUGUGCGAGUCUGGGUAGAACUGCUCAUUAUACGCCCUGCAGCCACUGCUGUGAUAUCUCUGGCCUUUGGACGGUACCUUCUGGAACCAUUUUUCAUUCAGUGUGAGAUUCCUGAACUUGCAGUCAAGCUCAUUACAGCUGUGGGCAUAACUAUGGUGAUGGUCCUAAAUAGCAUGAGUGUCAGCUGGAGCGCCCGGAUCCAGAUUUUCCUAACCUUUUGCAAGCUCACAGCAAUUCUGAUCAUUAUAGUCCCUGGAGUGAUGCAGCUAAUUAAAGGGCAAACACAACACUUUAAAGAUGCCUUUUCCGGAAGAGAUGCAAGUAUUAUGGGAUUGCCACUGGCUUUUUAUUAUGGAAUGUAUGCAUACGCUGGCUGGUUUUAUCUCAACUUUGUUACUGAAGAAGUGGAAAAUCCUGAAAAAACCAUCCCCCUUGCCAUAUGUAUAUCCAUGGCGGUCGUCACAGUUGGCUAUGUGCUAACAAAUGUGGCCUACUUUACGACCAUUAGUGCCCAGGAGCUGUUGCUUUCAAAGGCAGUGGCAGUGACUUUUUCUGAGCGGCUCCUGGGAAAUUUCUCAGUAGCAGUUCCAGUCUUUGUUGCCCUCUCCUGCUUUGGUUCCAUGAAUGGUGGUGUGUUUGCUGUCUCCAGGUUAUUCUAUGUUGCAUCUCGGGAGGGUCACCUUCCGGAAAUCCUCUCCAUGAUUCACAUCCGCAAGCACACUCCUGUACCAGCUGUUAUUGUUUUGCACCCUUUGACAAUGAUAAUGCUCUUCUCUGGGGACCUCUACAGUCUUUUGAAUUUCCUCAGUUUUGCCAGGUGGCUUUUUAUUGGGCUGGCGGUUGCUGGGCUGAUUUAUCUUCGAUACAAACACCCAGAUAUGCAUCGUCCUUUCAAGGUGCCGCUCUUCAUCCCAGCUUUGUUUUCCUUCACGUGUCUCUUCAUGGUCGCCCUUUCCCUUUAUUCAGACCCAUUUAGUACAGGGAUUGGCUUCACCAUCACUCUGACCGGGGUCCCUGCCUACUAUCUCUUUAUUAUAUGGGACAAGAAACCCAGGUGGUUUAGAAGAAUGUCAGACAUUACAACCAGAACAUUACAAAUAAUACUGGAAGUUGUACCAGAAGAAGAUUGUCAUAAAUUAUAAAUUAAUGCAUUUGAAGUCUUGGCAAUCUAUCCUUGGCUUUGUUUCUGCCCAAAGGGCUGAAACAAAAAAUGGAUCUUCACUCCUUUUAUAAAAAUCCAGAGGAUUGCAACUUUGGAGAUGGACUAAAGAAAUCGGUUAUUUCUGUUUAGUCUUCCAGUGUAUUCAAACUGGUUUCUAAGAAAUUUAGUUAUUACUCCAUGUAGUUGUAGAACGCUGAUAUGCAAUUAUACCGUAAGUUCGCAUGAUCAUUGAGUCCCUGAUACCUACCUGUUGAGGUUAGGGAAAAAGACUACAGAACGGCAAUUACUUUAGUGGUCUUUUUCUAUAACAUAUCUUAUGGCUAAGAACCUUCAGACUGAAAACUGAGAUGUUUUCUUUAAUAUGGGUUUUGUAAAAACAAUUUUUAUAUACUAUAGAUAACUGUACUGUGAAAAUUGUUUUCUACUCUUCUGGGGAAAAAAAAAGUGUAUGUCAUCAUUAUGGACAGAGGAAAGAAAGAAAUUUAUUUUACAUUGGCAUUGCAUUGCUUCCCACAGAUAUCAACUUAGAUAUCAUUCAUGUUUUAAUGGAUUAUACCCAGAGCAUUUUGAAAAAGAAAAAAAAAUUAGGGGUAUGCCUAAUUUUGAUGAAUACAUUAAAGAAGAGUUUCUAGGGGCUAUUGUUUAUGAGGCAAAUCCAGGAGUUAUGUUUAAGCAAAAAAAAUGCUUGAGAAUUUAUUAUGUUAGGAUUUUUUUCACUCAUUAUCAGGAAGCUCCGUAGUUACGUGCCAUUUGUUUUCAUGGCAGCCUAAUUGAUCAGGAAAGGGUGUAACGCCUUUCUUAGAGCAAAGCAAUAGUCAGUUUGGUAUUAAAUCCUCUUAAGCAUGAUCAUGUGUUUCACUAAUAAUUUACUCUUUGAUAAAUACAUCUAAAUAUGUGCAUUUUUAAAUCUUCAAGUUACAAUAUCAACAGAAGACGGAAAUCACCAAGAAAGAAAAUGCCCAAAAUAUUAUGCCCAACUCUAUAGUUCUACAUACAUUGUUAGUGUUUCUGAACAUUCUUUUAAAAUCUCAUAGCUGUUUUUACAUGGUGAUGAAUUUUGACAGUUUUACGUUUUCUUUAUACAUUUUAUAUUGUUAAAAUAUCUCUUUGGACAAAACUGUCCAGAUCAAUUAGGAAAAGACAUAUAUUUACAUAAAAAUUAAGGAAGAAAUGUCACUGCUAAAUAAGAUUUACAACUCAUGUUUCUAAGAAUGUUUCCAUUUCUCUCUCUAGGCUUUAUCAGUAAUUUCCUGACAAAGUAAAAGAGAUAACUGAUAACAAAUUCACUGAAAGAAACUGUACAUGAAAUGUAUAUAUUCAGACAGGUAUUACUAUGCUGGGUUUAGAAAAUACUGUGGAAUUUUCAAAGAAUAAUAUAAUGAUGAAAUUUGUUAACCAUUAUUUACUUAAGUCUCAGAGUAAAUAGUCAUGGCCAGAAUUUUUUCAUUCUGUAAUUUUUGUCCAUUUGAAAAGAAGAAUUUUUGGAAGAAUUACACUGAUUAAAAUCAUUAAGAGCAGAAAUAGAGAGUUCAUAGACAGUUGAUCAAAGUAGAAAUGAUGAUAAUUUGAGUCAAUUUCAAUUAAUUAAUUUUCAAUUCAUUAAUUUCAAUUUCAAAAUUUAAUUCAGUUAAUUAAAUUUCAGUUAAUUAAAUUUCAAUUUAAUAUAUAUCUGAGAUUGAAAUUUUUUGAGCCAAACGUAGUGUUUGGGUCUUUAAGUGAAUUUAUAAAAAUUCCUUCCUUUUUCUCUUACCAUGGAUUUUCAGAAUUUGAUCUGUAGUCUGUACAUCUUAUAUCCAUUUGUCUACAUCUGUCCCCACUAAAUUGUUGCUAUAGGUGAAAACAGAUUUCCUUUAUACUCUUUUUUACAGUCUAGGCCCAUGUAAUCUAAACCAGCAAACUCUCCUGGAAUUGUUUUUUUCCCCUAAUGAAAAAAAAAAAUGGUAAAGUCUCAUGGAGAAGUUUGUAUAGUUACUGAUUAUUCCUGAGGUUAAUGUGCUUAUAUCAAAAGUGGAAGAUAGGUCUCCUCAUUUUAGUUAUUUUAGUUUUGGUUCUAAUUUCUCUUUAAAUAUGUCAUUAUACAAGCUAACUAGAUUACAUAUUCAUUAUUAUUUUCAUCAUUUUAAAAAAUGAUUUUUGCAUUGUUAAAUUUCUAAUGCCAUUGUAAUACCAUUUUAACCAGAUGGAAAGUCAGUCAGUAAUUUUUUUUUUUUUAAAGCGAUGAUGAUUAAGUUGUAUUUCUACUUAUCCUUAGGAUACAUCAUGACAAGAUACAGGGCUUCUGUAAUCAUCCAUUCAAUAGUCGUAACAUUUAUUUGGAAUGAUAUUAUGUCAAGCAGAUUCUAGUUUGAAAACUCUCCUAAACACUUUUAUAUGUAUAUAUAUUUUUAUGCUAAGUAAUUUUUUCUCAUAUAUUUAGGAAAAUUUUUUCUCAUAUAUAUUUUUCUCAUAUAUCGAACUAUUAGAUGUGAUACAUUUGUACCAGUGUGCAUAUUCAAAUGUUUAAAUACAUUUUAUCAGUUUAUUAUAACACAAAAAGGUAAAAGUAGCCAAUAUAGUUUACGAUGGCUAAUAUACUAUUUUCAAAUGUUCUGCUCUUUUGGUACAUAGAUUCUCAAGUAUUUAAAUAUGAAUUUAGUAGAUCUAGUAAAGACGUCCAAAGCUAAAACAAUUUGCUAGGAGAAAUGGAAUGAUUCUCCUUACACAAUUAUGAAUAUUUCAGUAAACGUUUUUGACCCCUUUUAAAAAAUAUUAGACUAGUUUUCUGAGAUUUUUCUAAGAUUGAAUGAAGAAAACUGACUAUUAUAACUGGUGUCUUGGUCAGCUAGGAGUAGACCCUCUUCUUAUCUUUCUUUAGGAGAUUAAAGAUUUGCCCUAGAAAAGAUGGCUGACUCCAGUGCCAAACAUAAACGUUAGAUGUCUGUAUGCACACAUUUGCGUACGUGCUUAUACCGUAUCUCCCCUGCCUCUGCUGGCACAAAAUUAGGACAGAUUAUUAAAUUACAUUUCCAAUUCAUGGCAGUUUCUCUAACACUAAGAUAUGCAAGUUGAAACAAGUUUCUACAUUGUUUUAUGUGUCUGGUACAGUUGUUUCCCCAAUUGCUGUUUGAUAUAUCAACAGAUGGUUAACAUGAGUAUAAUUACAUAACUCAAUAGAAUUCUAUGUUGAACUGAAUCAGUCUUCAGGAAGCUUAUUAUCUCUAUUUGAGAUGAAUGUAAUGCUAACUGAGAAAGGGAGCAUCUUUGACCUAUAGCUGAUUUCUUAUAUUUGAGGAGUGGGUUAUGAAAAGAUAGAAGACUAAAGGUCAGAGUAGCAGGAAAUGAAAGGUAGUAUGUGAUUGGAGGGAACGAUAUUUUGGUCUAACUUAUUAUGCAAUAUAAUCAGAGAAAUAUUAAAAAUUAACUGUCUGCUGUACACAGGGACUUCGGUUAUGCCCUUGUGAAUCCCCUAAAAGCUAAUGAAAUGUAAGCUUCAGUGCCCCUUACUUAGACAUGCCCUUUCCUAGGUCCUGUACCUAAUUUUGCAUUAGGAAUUUUAUAUUACGUUUCUUGAAGAAGGGUAGCAAAAUUAUAUAUACUUCUGGCCCUAAAAAAAAUCUGCAUCUGUCCCUGUGAGAAAGGUCAAAGUACUCCCAUUACUUUAUCUAUUAGAAAUAGGCAUGGGGUAUUUGUAGGAUAUAUUUUUAAGUAAUAAAGUUGUGAGUUAAUUGAAAUAUCUCUAUAUAACUAAGUGGCUUUCUCAUAGUACAUAUUAUAUGUGAUAUAUAAGGAGAGAGUUUCGCUUUGGACAUAUUUUAUGUGUCAAUUCUGAAUGAUAGAAAAAUAAUGAAUGGGAUUUUAAUUGUAGCUCCUUUUCUUAGUUUGGAAAGAAAUAUAUAGAGAUUUGAAAUUUGAAUGCAGAGAAGUCAAGAAAUUUGAUUUUAGUUAAAUAAAACCUUGUUUCAUUUCACCCUACUUGAUAUACUGUAUGUUGGUGCUGAUAAUGUUUACAGAGCUACAUUUACUUUCGUAACCAUUCAAAGUCAGGAAUUAAAGCAUGGCAUUGUGUGACUGACAAGAAGAUCAUGGUGGAUAUAAAUUAGAGUAGAUAGAGUCAUCUUGGCAGCUUCUGUUUACAUUAUUUAUAUAUAGGUAAAAGAAUUAUUACCUAUAAAUGUAUUUUAGGUUAAUUUUCCCAUAAACAGUAUUUUUAAUUUAUCUCAAUAUAUAUAAUACCUGAAAGUGUAACCUCUAGGUAUUAUUAGUACUGUACUUAAAAAGAUAUUUUAAUAGCCAAUUUUGGGAGAUAAUCCUUCUUUUUGUCGCAUUUUCAAAUUAGUUGGAGUCUCAAAAUAAAUGCUUGGUCUAUUUUUAGGUCUGAUACAAAUUCACAGAGGUGUACGUCAUGGUCUUAGAGAAAGUUCACCAGUUUUCCAUAUGUUGUAAGAUAAUUGCCCUUCCCUACGAUCGCGUCAGGAUAAUAACUUGAUCUUUUUGAACCAGUUCUCUGUCUCCUCUGAGUUAAUCAAAUGGUUCCCUUUAUGUUUUAUUUUUUUGACAUGAUAUUUUCAAGAUAGGAGUGAGUCUUAAUUUUAUACAAUUACUUGAUAUUCUUAGCCUGAAACUACCACUUCGGUUAUGCCCUUGUGCGUCCCUGCUCCCUUCUCUCUGUUACCGUUGGCUUUAAAAUAUCAGUGGAGGAUGGUUACGGUCUCCAAAUAGUUAUCUGUUACAUGUGUGUAUUUUGGCUACUUGGAUCAAGGGUACAUUUAUAGUAUCAAUAAGUGCCUUAACAGUUUUAUAGAUAAUCUCUCAAGAAACUGUGGAGCAUUAGGUAUCUAGGAGCCAUACAGAUGGAUGCACUGUUUUGAAAGUGAGCAUACUUUUUUUCCCUCAACAUAUACACUACUGAUUUUAUUUUUAAAAGUAUGACUUUCAAAUGAAUUAAUUUCUUGGUUGAAAGACUUGCCUCCUGAAUCCUUAUUACCUCUUGUUGAAGCCUCUAAAGGCCAUGUUGAAAACUGGAGAGGAAAAAAAAAAAAAAAAAAAAAGA